AUGAAAGACAUAUAUGAUAAGUCAUCAAAAAUAAACCAUGUCGAUAUUCCAGAAUUUUCAAAUCAAUACGUAUUUGACGAAAUAAGCUCAAUUAACGUAAUGCCACAGGCCAUAAAUACAUGGCCCAUUACCUCUUAUGAGUUCAACAAGUUUAAAAAGAUUAUUCUUACAAGUUUCAGUAUUAAAAUUGCAGUAGAAUGGGCACUGACACACCACGAUGGUGUUAAGAUAAGCCGCGGAAAAAACACAGUCAUGAUGGAAGAUUACGUGCAUUCCAUAUUGACCGAGUGCCUGAAAACAUUAAAUAAAAGUUCUAAUGAUAUGCCGGGUUCUUGUAAACAAGUGAUCAUACCCAACCUAAUACCAAAAUUUUUAAUACUACAUUUAAAAUAUACUGAAACGGAAGUAAAAUCGGAAUUGAUGAUACAUAACCCAUGCAAGUCUAUAAUAUUAAAUAUUUAUUAA